AUUGCUAUAAACCUUUACAAUUGUAAAGCAACCAGGGGAGUAAACAACACCCACACACCCGCACACUGCACCAGAGGGAAACCUGUUCUUCUGUGUUAUCAACUGCUCUGGCUCGUCACAGCUGUGUGUAUUCUUGGAGCUGAGUGUUGCGAUUGUAUUUAGUACUCGCUCUUGUUAUUGGGGUUGCUUGCAUUGGUGAAAAGACACCGCCGCCAAAACAAGCUAAGCGUCCACGAUCCAUAGAGGGAGAAAGGACCAUCAACAGGCGAGAGGAAGAUGCUGUUGAGUCGUCUAUUUGUGCUGCCACUCGUGGCUGCUGUUGCUGCUGCGUUCUCUCCAGAGAUCCACCAGACCGCUCAGAACGUUCUAUCAACACAGAUCCUCUACUUUGACGAUGCGCCUGUUGUCUUGAACUUGAACGAGAACGUUCUGUAUAGGUCCCAUGAUUCAGGUAAGACAUGGGAUGCGUCGUUGGAACAGAUUGGUCAGAUAUUCUUGGACCCGUUGAAGAAGGAGAGAGCAUUCGCAUUCACGCAGGGGAAUACGCAUUACGUUACCAAUGACCGAGGCGAGACUUGGAGUACUUUCACGGUACCAAUGACUUCGGAUAUCGCUUAUGACAUCAACAUCAACAGUGCGAAUCAUGACCAUGUGAUAAUCUCUUACUUUGACUGUUCUGAUACAGACGGUUCGUGCCAUGCGUCUGUUUAUGUCACAAAGGACGGGUUCAAGUCGAACCCGACCCAGUUAGUCAAGAACGUGGAGAAGUGUCUCUUUGUGAAGUCAAACGAGGCCUUUACGAAGGGAGAAGACUCUAGAAUCUUGUGCUUGCAAACAGAGAGAGACUCCCAUGGUUAUGUUCGUCGCUCAAGGGUGAUUGCCUCAAACGAUUUCUUCAAGACUGAACCGCAAAUCUUGAAUGAUGCGUCUGGCGUGUUGGCUGGUGCCUAUGUCCUCGAUGUUAGAGUCGUUCAGACAUUCGUUGUUGCAGUGGUUCAGGAUGAUAAGUAUGACCAAACAGGAUCAUCGGUGCUGCUCUAUGUAUCGAAGGAUGGUGUCGAUUUUUCCAAGGCAAUAAUGGCUGAACAACUACAGGCAAAUGGAUUUGAAUUCUUGGCUUCAACAAAGAACUCGUUACAUGUUGCAGUCUACCCAGUAGAUCAAGGAUUCUCAUCAACCUCGAACGUUCUAUCGUCGGAUGAAGAUGGUAUCCACUUCAGAAAUCUAUUGUCAGGUCUUGGAACCUCUCAAAUUUUGGGCUUCUCUAAUAUUGAUAAAGUUGAAACCAUUGAAGGUGUUUGGAUUGCAGGGGUAUCGGAAGGUUAUGAUCAAACCACGUAUUUGCCUCUUGAAAGAUCCAAAAUUACAUUCGACGAUGGUAACACUUGGCAAUACCUCAGAACAGAAACAUGCGAAGGUAAUGAAGAAUGUGGAUUGAACGUAUUAACUGUUGAAGAAAGAAGAGGUGAUGGUCAAGGAAGUACCGGCGCAACACCUGGUAUUCUUAUGGCCAUUGGUAACGAAGGCCGCAGCUUGAAUAGAGAUCCCUUCAGCUUGCACACUUAUGUUUCUCGUGAUGGUGGUUGGAGUUGGAGCAAAACGUUGGAGGAACCUUGCGUGUUUGCCUUUGGAGACUUGGGUAACGUUAUUGUUGCAGCUCCUUUCACAAAGGACAAGGAAAACUUGACUUCCAAGAAGUUUUAUUACUCGUUAGAUCAAGCAACUACUUGGCAAACUAUUGAACUGGAAGAUGCUGUUUUCCCAACUUUAUUGACAACUGCUAUUGAUGGAACCACCUCAAACUUCCUCUUUGUCGGUAUUCAACCAAAACAGGAUUCAAUGAAACAGAUAUUGUUCUCACUUGAUUUCUCAAAGGCAUUCUCAAGAACAUGUGGGCCAAACGACUUUGAGAAAUGGUACGGAAGAUCGAAGGGAAACAACGAAGGAAGCUGUGUAUUUGGGCACAAGGACAUAUACAACAGAAGAAAAGCUGAUGCUGAUUGUUUUGUUAACAAAGCCUUUGAAGAUUUGAAAUACGAUGAAGUUCCAUGUACAUGUACAGAGGCUGAUUACGAGUGUUCAUUUGGAUUUACACUCAACUCUAAGGGUGAAUGUGCACCAGACAGAGCAGAGUUGCUGAAAUUGUGUACAGAAUCGACUGGUAACAUCUUGAACUUGAAACUCAAGAAGAAGAUUGGUGGUAACAAAUGCGAAGGUGGUGAUGUAGAGAUUCAAGAAGUUGAAUUCACAUGUGAUGAUGAUCUUCUGAAGGCUCAAAGUAUCACAGUUCAAGCAAGCAGCUUUGAUGGUCACAUUACAAACUAUUAUUUCAUGGAACAGUCAGAGUAUGGCUCAAAUGAUGAAACUCUUUUCAUCAAGACUUCGUACAAUACUGUAUACAUAUCGCAUGAUGGUGGUGCGAACUUCAAGCUGUUCGAAUCCGAUGACCAAAUUUUGGCCAUUUACCUCAACACUUACUUCAAAGACUACGUCUACUUGGUGGGCACUAACAACAAGGUGUACUUCUCAGGAAACAGGGGUAAAAACUUCCGUGUUAUGGAAACACCAUCUGAGGUGAACCCAUUUGGUCUUCAAGUGUUUGUAUUUGAUCCAUUAUCUGCGGAUAGAUUCAUAUUCUUUGGUGACGAAGGAUGUGAAUCGCAAUAUUCAUCAAAGUGCAAACCAAUAGCAUUUUUGACGGAAGAUAGUGGUAAAUCCUGGACUCCGUUAGCUAGUGGAACAAAGCAUUGUGACUUUGUUGGUGCCAAAUAUAUCGACAGGAACAAUGAUGAACGUUUGAUAUUCUGCGAGGUUAUUGAUUCUAAUUCACACUCUUUGCUCUCUUCUGUUGACAAAUUUGCUACUCAUGAAGUUGUUUUCGAAAAGGUUGUUGGAUUUGCAUCUACCACACACUUCACCGUUGUAGCUUCUACAGACGGUGAAUCUCUACGUGCUUUUGUUACUAUAGAUGGAAAGACGUUUGCAGAAGCAAAAUUCCCAAAAGAUUUUGAUGUUCAUGAACAACAAGCGUACACAGUUUUGGGCUCUGAAACUGGCGCAAUCUUCCUUCAUGUCACCUCUAACGAACGUCCUGGUUCUGAGUAUGGUGCAAUAUUGAAGUCCAACAUCAAUGGUACAUCGUAUGUCAUGUCCGAGAGAUAUGUCAACAGAAAUGAGUUUGGAUUUGUUGAUUAUGAGAGAGUUGAGGGUCUCGAUGGUAUAGCCCUUAUUAACACAGUCAAAAACUACGACGCUGCAAAAGGUGGAGCAAUAAAGGAGCUCCAAUCACGUAUCACUUUUAACGAUGGUUCUGAUUGGUAUUUCAUUGCUCCUCCAGCUAAGGACUCCGAAGGCAAGAAGUACCCAUGUAUAGGCUCUCCUUUGAAGGAAUGUUCAUUACAUUUACACGGAUAUACGGAAAGAAAAGACUUCCGUGAUACCUACUCUUCUGGAUCGGCUACAGGAUUGUUAUUUGGCGUUGGAAAUGUUGGUGACAAAUUGGGUUCUCUCAAUAAUGCAUCCACUUUCAUCACUAGAGAUGCUGGUGCAACUUGGACUGAAGUAAGAAAAGGUGUUUAUCAGUGGGAAUACGGUGACCGUGGCUCAAUUGUUGUUCUCGUUGAUGACGUGUCAGAGACAAAUGUGAUCCACUAUUCAUUAGAUGAAGGUAGUACGUGGAAUGAGUAUGAGUUCAACGAUGCUAAGGUUAAGAUCAGUGAUAUAGUUACUGUGCCUUCUGAUACAUCAAAGAAGUUUUUACUUAUAUCAGAAGCAUCUGGUCAGAGUGAAUCCUCUUUGACCUUCACCAUCGACUUCGAAAAAGUGUUUACAAGACAAUGUGUAUUAGAUCUUGACCAUCCUGAUGACGACGAUUUCGAAUACUGGACUCCAAACCACCCAUUGUCAUCGUCCAAGUGUUUGUUUGGCCAUGAAGCUAAAUAUCUGAGAAAGAUACCAGACCGCGUUAACUGUUUCAUUGGUUCUGCUCCAUUAGGAAAGGCAAAGAAGAUCGUAAAGAACUGCCCGUGUACAAGACAUGACUAUGAAUGUGAUUAUAACUACGAAAAGGCUGACGAUGGUACAUGUAAACUGAUACCAGGGCUGGUUCCAGAGGAUCGCUCUGAAAUUUGUCGUGUUGACCAAAAUGCCAUUGAAUACUUCCAGCCUACUGGCUAUAGAAAGAUCGCCAUGUCCACGUGUGAAGGCGGUCAAGAGUUUGACAAGUGGGACCCAGUUCCAUGUCCAGGCAAGGAGAAGGAGUUCAGCAAGAGCCGUGCUGGAAAGCUCGGUGGGUUUGGAUUGGCAAUGGUUAUUAUUAUUCCAACUUCCGUUUUUGCAUUUGCUGUUUGGUUUGUGUAUGACAGAGGUAUCCGUCGUAAUGGUGGGUUUGCCAGAUUCGGCGAGAUCAGGCUUGGUGACGACGACGAUCUCAUUGAGAACAACAACACAGACAAAGUCGUCAAUGCUGUGGUACGUGGUGGCAUUGCGGUGCUUGCCAGUGUCAUUGCAACUUACAAGAUGAUUGGCCUUUUAGGUCGUGGUCUUGGUGAAAGCAUCAAAGGCGCAUUCACGAGGGUUUCUAGGUACCAAACGAGGGGUGCAGGCUACAGAACCGUUGGUGUUAACGACUACAGGGACGAUGAGGAUAUUCUGGGAGAAGUGUUGAAUGACGAUGAUUAUGACAUUGACGACGGUGAUAACGAUGCUCACUACGAUGCAUCGGAAGCUUACACCGACGAUCGCAAUCUCGAAUAA